GUGCAAACAUUUUUGAGUAAAGUAGAAUAAGCUGAUUAAGUAAUGUGUACAUUUACUGAUGACUAGAUCGAAACCCCACCACGCGUAAACAACGUGAACGCAUCCAGGGUUCUAGACGCGAUGCUGAGGAACGCUCGCCAAAGCGGCGGCGAAAAAUCCGAGCGUUUUACCGCCUGUGCUAUCUGCGCAUGUCCGGAGAUCUAUGAGCAAGUCAACCUCGCGAGGACUUGGUUCAUGUAUCUGCUAUGGCCAUUCACAGCCGGAUCUCACAAGCCAUCACACCUGAUCUCUGAUCAAACCACGCCGACUAUUGACGACACCUAUGUUAGCCUCGUAAGUGCCCAUACGGAACGGCGUAGCGGAUUUAGGAGCGAUCUUAAUCGGCGACACGGUUAUAGAUGCGUUAUCACCGGUGUGUGGGAUGGAGAACACAGGCCCGCCAGUAGCGAUCAGGCUUGGGCGAUCUUGACAGGAGCGCAUAUCCUGAAACGAGCCAUCGGUGUUUUCACCCUGGAUCGGGUAAGGAUUUCUCUGCCAGCUGCGACGUUGAACAUCAUUCGACAAUACUCAGGAAUAUUCGAAGAAACUAUUCAAGAUAUGGCAAGGCUCGUAGGUGAUCCUUCCACCGGCGUGAUGCUCCAAGGCGAUGUCCACACUGUUUUUGAUAAGCUAAAAGUAUACCUCGAGCAGACGGAGCGAGAAAACGAGUACGUAGUCAAAGAAGUUAGCAGCGGGUGGUGGAUACAUCGCGACGUUCUCGAUAGAACUAUCACCUUCCGGAAUCACGCUGCUCCUACACGAGACAUAUCGUUGCCUAACCCUCAUUUCAUCGUCCUACAUGCAGCCAUCUCUCAAAUUUUGCAUAUGAGCGGUGCAUCCGAGGUAUUCGCACAGAUUUUGGACCUCUAUGAUGGAGCAGCAGGAGGCAAUGCCCGAAUUCUGAAAAGCAAUGGAAAUCCAGUCCAUCAAUUAUCUUCGAUGAUGUCUGCACUGUAUAUCAGCGCCUCGUUGGAGUCCGCUGCAUAGAGGUUGCAGUAUUGUCUGCUAUGUUGUUGGUGUGAGUCCAAUGAGCGUACCAUUGGACCUAAAAACAUGUACGGCACGCGAGAUACAAAGAUGCAGCCUCGCAAGGGAUAGUAUGUGCUAGGUACUGUUGCAAAGUCGUACCACAUGGCGACUCCGGUGAAUCCAAUCUUUGACCACUCUCCCCGCAAAAGAAGAAUCCAGAUUCAUGUUACCCUGAAGAACCUGGUCCGAUGGUAGCAUCAACAGUACAGCGGGUCAGCCUGUCCAAUACCUCCGUCAUCAUCGGUCGCUUUUUCGGGUCUUCAUCCAUAAGUUGCGACGAAAUCUCAAGGAGGGUAUCGCGAUCCGUGGAUGGGCGACAUUUGUUGCACAGCUCCUC